AUGUACGAACAAAUUAAGGGGACGCCGAUGGGAUCGCCUCUCUCCGGCUUCAUCGCUGAGGCAGUUCUGCAAAAACUAGAGAGCCUGGUUUUCACCACUCACAGGCCAAAGUUUUGGACUCGGUACGUGGACGACACCUUCGUCAUCAUCAAGCGAGAAAUGAUCGAGGAAUUUCACAUCGUCCUGAAUUCCGUCUUUCCUGACAUCCAAUUCACGAUGGAGGCAGAAAACAACAACCAGCUGCCAUUUCUGGACGUUCUUGUCCAUCGAAAGCCCAACGGGCACAUAAAAACGACGGUGUACAGGAAGGCUACCAACAUACGCCAAAUCCUAAACUAUCACAGUAAACACCCGUUAUGUCACAAGCGCAGUUGUGUGCGAACUCUCUACAGUAGAGCAGAAACACACUGCAGCGAACCGGAUGACAGAAGGACAGAACUCCGCUAUCUUCAGCGCCUUUUCAUGGCCAACGGAUAUCCCCGUAACUUCAUCGAGCGCAGCAGGCAGUCUAAACCAGGCCAAAAUCGGGUGACAGAACAGCCAAAAGUCUGGCGUGCACUGCCAUACAUCGACGGCGUCUCUGAGGCAGUUUCCCGCCUCCUAAGGCCCUUGGGGAUCGGGAUCGCUCAUCGACCUGACUCAACCAUUCGGCAUUUGGUUAUGAGACCGAAGGCCCCCCUGCCACGAGGUGAGACGACAAACGUCAUCUACCGGGUCCAGUGUAACUCUUGCCAAGCAAACUACGUCGGAGAGACAGGCAAACGGUUACAAACUCGCGUUAACGAACACAUGCGGGCAGUGAGGAGAAUGGACCCAUUGUCUCUGGUGGCGGAACACUGCGCGGACUCUGGACACACUUUUGCCUUCCAGAACGCUAAAAUUCUGGGUCGAGGCAACGACCGCGUAGCCAGGGAAACGAUCGAGGCCUGGCACACGGAAACAACCUCAAUAAACCGUUGCGUCGCCCUCCCGGCAGCAUACCAAGCCCUCCGGACGCAGCUCAACGAACUAAAGGGCAAGCGCGAGGUCAGGCCGGACGUGGAUCUAAACACGGGAGAGCCUACGACGGACCUACACGUAGCCACACCGCAAAUCGGGCCCGACGAAGGCGCAGUCAUCAAUACUGUUGCCUCAACUACUACUCCGGCAGACGGGGAGAAACGCGAUCAGAGGGAUGCAAUCAAGACUAGCAACCCAGCACGACAAUGA